UCUGUUCGGUCGUUCUGCGCCUGCUGGCUGUGGUCAGCGCUGACGGCAGUGCCCUAGUCCCCAUCCUGCUGUUCAUUCCUCAAGUCGCACUUGCCAGCUUGUACGCAAAAAACGUACAGGUAUUACACGACAAGACACUUUGCGCGACGAUUCCAGUCGCAAAUUUGUACUCAAAACCAACGCGACCACAGCUACUUCUUUUUUGUUUCUUCGACCGUGCGGUGCGUAGUGUUGAAAAUCGCGAUCAAGGGAUAGCGAUAAAUGCAGUUGACAUUGUGCGCAUCGGCAAACGACAAGAAUCGUUGCAAAUGUAUUCAGUAAUGGGAAAUGAGAAUUCACAACAUAACGACUGUCCCAGAGCCAAAAAGAGCAAAACCGAUGACGAUAUUUCACCAUGCACGGUGGGCGGCAAUCCGCCGGCCCCGGACAGCUGUUGGGAGCGGCUGCCAGCCGUGAUACUCGACGACAUCUUCCACUAUCUUAGUUUUGAAGAUAGUAUUCGUGCUUCGAGUACAUGCCGCAACUGGAGGCAGAGUUUAUAUCAUCCAAGAAAAUGGCAAAAAGUAAAUUUUGUGAUAGAGCCAAAACAACUAGACAAAGCUCAAUACUUCCGCACGCGCGCUGGUCACAUUGCCACCCACGCAAACGUGCGCUUCAACUCGAUCGACCCCGCGUGUGUUGUCGAGUUCCUGCAUCUAUUCAAUUGCUUCGCCAGCAGUAACAACAUCAAAUCGCUGAACAUCGAGCCAUCACAUUGCACCGUCGAGAUUCCUGAGUGUUGGCUGCAGACAGCAGCAAACACAGACAACGCUGAAGAGUUUUCUCUUUUUAAAGUAUUCGCUGACAUCUACACUCGACAGUCUUUGAAUGUCCUAACGCUGGGCUGCAAUGAAGAGCUGUUUGAAUCGUUGCCAGAUAUCCUUGCCCUUCUCGACCAGAAAAAGGCCGACAAUAUCGAAACAUUGGCACUGGCAACAGUCAAAGAAGAUCCUUGCAAUUAUCUAAUGCAGAAUCUUGACGCCAAGCAAUUGGUGAUGUUUCGGCGGUUGCAGAUUUUCAGUUUGGAUUACGAUAAUCUUAGCGAUGAUGUUUUGCAUGCGUUGCGGGAGGUGGACGAUUUGAGGCGACUUGUUGUACAUGUGCAUGGCAUCUGGGAUAAACAUCCCGGCACUAGCGAGGAUGCUUGGUUAAAGUUUAAAAAACGACAUCCUGAGUGUCUUCUGCGAUUAUCUUGCAUACAUUCAACGGAUGAAGUGAAACAUUUGCACACUAAGGUGUUGAAGGGUAACAUGCCGUUGAGUCAUUUGAAGGUGCUAUUUUGUGAGCAGAUGAAUUUGAGUGUUCUGCGAAAUUGGCGAUGUACCGUGAACCUUUCUGGUAUUUUAAUCGACAAGCAGCCGAUGAUAUACAAACCCCAGGAACUCAUAAUACUAGCGCAUGGUUGUGCAGCAUUGAAGCAACUUGUCGUCAUCGGUUACAAGUUCUGCGAGGAAGACUAUGCUGGCAUUGCUAAACUACGUGCCGAUACUAUGCGCGGCGUCUAUGAGGUCGCAAAUUCCGAUCUUUAUCCCUCUGCGGGUGCUACAACAGUCAACAUAACCAAGCAUUACUUCGCAAGUUCUGGGAAGAUGCUGUAUGCUGCUGCCUAA